UCUUGCAUGGGCCUGAAAUUUAAUUCAAACCAUAGGUCUCUCGCUGUUCGUUACACCAUCGUCCACUCAGUCGCGCUUGUAAUCCGUCAAACUAUCACCUUUAGCCACUAGUAAGUCCAUCGGUUGCCUCAGUAGUGCUCUGGUGUUUGACCCGACCACCUGAGUGACACCCCCGGCCAAGUCCAUUGGCGAGAAACACCCGAGAUUAGUGUCUUCCCCACGCACAACACCGACUCCGGCGACAUAUCGCAUCGCAGCGCUAAUUCCCCAAUUACAUCACCGUCAAUUAAACAGUUCUGAGCCACCAUCCCGGUAAUUGGAAUCUUUUGUGCCCGCACCGGAGCACUCCGGAAGUGAUGAGUGCUGAUAAAUGGCGCCGCAAAACUCAACGUUAUUACACGAAAACGUCGCUGCUUCAGCCUCAGACUUGAGUCGCUACAGUCCAAUUUUACCCCAUGGCCAGCCAAAAGAAAGUCCAUUGAGGGGAAAAUCAAUAUGCACCUCAACUACAGCCAUUCAGCCGGAAGCAGAUGACGAGAUCCCGAUUUGGAUCUGCGGUGAACCGAGAUACAUUUCCGGUAUCAAUGAAGCCACAACGUGUCGCGAUCUCAUACAAGCCCUGAUCGAGGAUGAGCUGAAAAACACCCCGAAAGAUGUCGCAGCGUCGCGUGAUGUCAGAGAUUACGUGAUAACAGAAAAAUGGCGCUCUGCGGAACAACCAUUAUCCGGCGAUACGUUGAUUUCACCCCUGUGGCUGGCGUGGGGUGAGGCGAGAAAUGAGGUGAAAUUCAGACUGAAAAUUGCCCGAAGGACUGAAGAGAAAACAUCAAACAAGAGGGAAAAGUACAAGAGACUGAAGAAACUCGUUGGGCGCGUUCUGAAUCAAGGAAAAAUCAUUCAAGAGCACCUCGAGGCUUUCGAUGAGCGCAAUCCGAGUGGGAAGAAGAUUUUGAUGGACACUUUUCUCGAAGACACCACAAAGGCACUCGCAGAGAAGAGAGAUCGCGAUGAGUGUGAUGAUUUGGACAGUGGAGUGCAUUCUGUUGGCUUGAAACUCGAAAAUGUUGGCAAAUCUUCAACACCUGUUAAGAAAUUAUCCGACUUUGCCAUUCCACCGGAAUUCAAGAGAGCUUCCCUACAAUUUCACACCAUUCGGAAGGAAAUCGUGGCCAAAAUGUACGACCUGAAGACUUUAUUGCAUCGAGAAGAGGAGCUCAUAGAGCAUUUGGAAGUGAAAAACCAGGAAUAUAAGCGCCAAAAUGAAAUUUACAUUGACACAGACUUGAAAUCUGGGAAAAAUAUUGAGCGUGUGCAGAAAAAUCUGCAGAAAUGCACUGAAGAAAUUGUCAAGAGUGAAGAUGAGCUGUUCAGAACGAAGCUGGAGAUCCAGGAGACCCACUCAAUCAUUGAGGAUCUCAAGAGCAUGAUGAUCGAGAGUGACAUCGUGAGUGGCUUUGGCGAAGAUGAGCUGAAGAGAUUGUUCAUGGAGAGUGAAUUUGUUGACAAUAUCAAUGAAUUUUGUGAUAUCAACGAUACAAUAGUUGUUUGAGAAACAAUCAUAAUAAAUUUUUGGCAUUUUUUAAUACA